AUGGCGGAGAAGGACGGUAAAGAAGAUGAAGCACCGCCGGCGGUACAUCCGGCACUGAAAGCUAUCGUGUUCGGAUUCAUGGCCUCUGCAAUCAUAUGGACCGUCGUGGUCGACUACAAGGAGCACUUAAAAGAGCUUCUCGGAGAUCACCACUUGCAAUGGCGAUCCCUACUAUCGCAUGUCGCUGCCACUAUGCUUCUCAUGAUUUGCUCCAUUUUUCUGCUUCUCUUGGCAAUCCUCUACUUCGUCAAUGCGUUUGAACCAUUCCUCCGUCUUUGGAAAAGCUCAAGUAUUUCGUCCGAAGAUCAACUGCGUCCGUUGCUGGUUUAA